AUGUACGCCUAUGAGAUUCUGGAGCAAAUUGGGAAAGUAGCCUAUAGGUUGGCAUUACCAAUGGAGUUUGAGAAGAUGCGUGAUGUCUUCCACAUUUCUCAACUCAAUCGAUAUAUCCCUGAUGAGCGUCAUGUUCUGGAGCCUGACCCGAUCCAGAUCGAUAGUAGCCUUACAUAUGAGGAAAAUCCUGUGAAGAUUCCUCACAGAAAGGUGCGUAGUACACACAAUAAGGAUGUCCAUAUCGUGAAAGUACUUUGGUAUAACCACGAGUCUGAAGAGGCCACGUCAGAAGACAAAGAUGAAAUGAAGAAGAAAUAUCCCGAAUAG